AUGCCGAGCCUCGCUGGGUUCCUGCGGGUGCGGGCGGCGUCGGUGCGGAGCGGCGGGGCCAUGCCCGGGAAGGGAAAAGCAGCCGCCAAGGGCCCCGCGGAGUCGGGCGCCGCCGCGGGACCGGUGGCGGCGGCGGGCGGCGGCUCCGUGAGGGUGGCGGUGCGCGCCAAGCCCGGUGCCCGCUGCAGCGCCGUCACAGAUGUGACGGCUGAGGCAGUAGGUGUAGCUAUUGCUGCACCUCCGUCGGAAGGGGAGGCAAAUGCAGAGCUGUGUCGCUACCUCGCUAAGGUGCUUGAAGUGAAGAAGAGUGAUGUUGUUUUAGAGAAGGGGGGUAAAUCACGGGACAAAGUGCUGAAGAUUUCGGUAUCAGCAACACCAGAUGAGAUUUUAGAAAAACUGAAAAAAGAAGCUUCCAGCUGACCUAAAACAAGAGCAGGAAAUAGGAAAAAGCAUCCUGGUACAUGGACUGAUAUUCUUUCUUACUUGAUGCAGUGCUGUUGAGAGUGUGGGUAAUGACUACAGGAAGAUACUUCUUUCCCCUCCCCUUGUUAAUGUGGGUGCUGUACAGUUGAAGUUUUUCUGUAGGUUUGGUUAGAAAACUGAGACUGUAUCUGCUUCUGUCACUACAGACUUCUGCUCUGGUUGGUUUCCUAUGGGUAAGAUUUGUCCCCUUUUCUGGUCCCUAAACAAAUGGCUUAGGAAAUUUUUUUAGUGGAGCAAAUGUUGGUUAACACAGCGAGGGGCUUGGAGUGACAGCUUUCCAUGUGGGAAGUGGUACAAAAGGACAAACCUGGAUGGCAGAGACAUAAAAGAGACUCUUCUGUCUGAUAUCUCACAGCAGGUGCAGCUUUUCACUGUGGGCACUUACAGAUACCUAAAAUAAAUAUCUUUUGAAGCCAGUGUGUUGUUGUUGAUCACACAGACAAACUGAAAGUAGAAUCUCCUGAGCAGCUGAAAGAAAACCAAAAGAUUUCAGUGUGAAAAACCAGCACAGUACUCGGUCAUUGCACACAUGGGGUCACUUUGUAAUAAUCUGUAAAUAGUUUCCUUAAAAGUAGAGAUUUGGUCAUAUGUAUCUUUGCCAAUUGUAUGUCACCUGGAAUGACUGUUUUUAAUAAAAGGGGCAAAAAGUA